AUGAUGUUCCUAUUCGCAGCUACAGGACUAUCAGUCUUCAAAGUGGAUAAGACAAAGGCUUUCCCAGAUGAUUGCAAAACAUUCCAUGAACCAAAGAAGAAUGGAAAGACCAAACUUGUUAACCUUAAGAAGGAUGAAACUCUUUGUUUUGAUAGCUCAUAUAUAAUGGGAAGUAGUUCCAAAUUUGAUGUAUAUGCUGCCAUCCAGAAGCAGAACGAGACAUCUCAAGAAUGGUAUUGGGAACACAAAGAUAAAGUAGAAAGUGCUCUUGCUGUACUCGGAACUUAUUCAGCAGAAGACAACGAUUAUAUUGAUCCUGUUGCAAAGGUUGUAUGCACUGAAAAGACAUGCAAGAUUCAAGUUCUUGAGGUUUCUCCAUCAUAUGGUUACGAAGUAAAUACUACAGACAAAGGAGUCACAGUAACAACACGUUAUGUCAUGCGCUCAUUCCUUAAUUCGUUUAAUGAAGGUGAUCAGGAAACUUAUGUCAGAUUUUCCAAGAAUAAAGUAAAUGAUAAUCAGGUAUCUAAAACAGAAGAAAGAUCAGCUGCUUUCUUUGCUUUCCCAGAACCACGCCACAUGACAUUUUCAAGAAAUGAGAACUUAGGAUACCUUUACUCUGGAACAGGCAAGUGGGAUGAUAAGAAGAUAUCAGGCACCAUCGGAUCUCCAAAGACUUCUUAUUUCUAUGUCAAUGAAAAGGAAGACUUUAAGCCAACUGAAGACAAAGAAGGAAAUUACGAUCUCAACAUGUCAUGCAACUUCACAUGGAGCAAGAAGGAGAAGUCGUCUAGCGAAGAUUCUGAACCAACAGAAUUCUACUUCCCAGAAGUUUCCGGACAGUUCUCCACCGAAGGAGGCGUUUAUACAGCAGAUGAUUUCAAUGAAGCUUCAUCAGGAGGACUCCCAGGAUGGGCCAUUGCUCUCAUUGUCAUCGGUGUAGUCAUCGUAGUUGCUGUAGUUAUUGUUGUUGUCGUCAUUGUUGUCAAAAAGAAAAAUUGA